AUGGGUGCAACAUCUGUUAUUAUUGCUCAUGGAGGAACUUGGGUUAACAAUGUUUAUGAGGGUGGACGGAGGGAAUAUAUGCCUACACCGUCUAAUGGUAUAAGAUUCAUUGAUCUACUUGGUAAGAUUGAACUUCGUUUAAUGAAAAAUAGGACUGUCUAUAUGUAUGAGAUUGAUGCAUUGUUUCAGUCUCCUGGAUGUGAGGUGAUGAGGAUGAAGAUUACUGAUGAUUUUGAACUGUCACAUUUGUUGAAUUCUGUUCAAAUGCCGAUUUUACAUGUGACUGUUUCUCUUAGAAGUAAUGAUUUGGUGAAGCAUGUUUUACAUAAUCCUGUUGUUGAAGUUUCAGCUUCUAGUAAUUUUAAUUCUAGUGACAAUCAGAUGGAUGGUCUUGAGAAUGGUUGUGAAGUUGCUGAUGACGUUGAUGAGGAGGAUGAAGGUGAUGAUGGUUUAGUUGGGCAAAGUGAUUAUGGGUCUGAUGAUGAUGAGGAUUUUGAUGACUGUUGUGGUGCUGCUUAUCAAGCUUCGGUCCCUUUUCAAGAACUAGGCAUAGAGGAGGAUGAUUCGAGCAGCGAUACAUUCUCUGUUGGUGGUAUUUUUAAAAACAAGGAUAAGAUGGUUGUAGCUUGUGGUGUUUAUCAUCUUAUUAACCAUGCAUCGUUUACUAUAGUUCGUUCCUCACUGUCCAGAUACUAUGUUGUUUGCAAAUUUGGAGGUGGUUGCCUGUUUGUUCUUCGUGGGAAGGCAUUGGGAAAAAUGUGGACUAUUACUGAAUUUGUUCCUCAUGACUGUGCAAUUGACCUGAGGUACCAUGCUGCCCCAAAAGUGUCUUCUAAGGUGUUGGCAUCGUAUUUCCUUCCGGAUGUGAUGGCUAAAGGUGUUACCCUUACACCAAGAACUAUUCAGGCAUUGUUACAACAUAAAUAUGGUAUUUCUGUCAUGUAUAGCACUGCACUUGCUGGGAGGAACUUGGCUUUGAAGAUGACCUAUGGUGACUCGGAUACUUCCUUUCACAUCAUGCCGAAGUACCUACACAUGCUACAGCAGGUAAAUCCUGGUUCCGUGGUAGAUGUACAGACUAAUGAAAAUAAUGUGUUCGAGUAUGCUUUUAUUGCUCUUUCUGCUUGUAUUAGAGCCUUUAAGUCGUGUCGUCCUAUGAUAGUUAUUGAUGGCACUCAUUUGAAGGGCAAAUACAAAGGUAUCUUGUUUGUUGUUGUUGCAAAAGAUUCAAAUGAACAGAUAUUGCCUUUAGCUUUUGGGAUUGCGGAUAAAAAGCGUGAUGCAUCAUGGAUUUGGUUUCUUAAGCGGCUACGGCAUACUUUUGGUGUCCGUGAUGAGUUACUGUUUAUUUCUGAUCAGCAUGUGAGUAUCAGAAAAGCAAUAGAGCAUGUCUUUCUAGGAACGCCGCAGGUACUUUGUUCCUUUCACAUACAGAGCAAUCUAAAGUAUUGGGGAAGUCAUGUUGUUACUCUUUUCAAAUUAGCUGCAAGGGCGUACAAGAUUGAGGAUUUUGAGCAAUAUAUGGAGAAUUUGAAAUCUGUUAAACCUUGUGCAUAUGAGAAAAGGUUGCCUGUUUGCACCCUUUUGGAGACUAUCCGAUCAAGGGUUGGAACUUGGUUCUAUAAACGACGGGUUCUUGCUAUGGAAAGACCUCUCGAGUUGACAGAUUGGGCAUCUAUGAGAUUGGCUAAAUCAGUUGAUUUGGGAUUGAGGAUGUCUGUCCAGCCAAUCAAUCCAACAAAGUUUGAGGUUACAUCUGAUAACAAGAGUUAUGUUGUUGAUCUUAGUAGUCACACAUGCACGUGUCUUGUGUUCCAGUUCCAAAUGAUACCAUGUCCUCAUGCUGCAGCUGCAAUAGGAAAGGUGAACCAGAACCCGUCGUCUUAUGUGAAUGAUUACUUUUCAACUGCUACUCUCCGUGAAAUAUAUUCUGGCGAGGUGAUGCCACUACCGAAUCCUGAAGAUUGGUGUAUUCCCGAGGAUAUUGCUUCGAGGGUUGUGCUAACACCAGGGGAUGUUCAACAAUCUGGGAGGCCGCGUGAGAAGAGGAUUAAGAGUGGUGGUUCCAGCUCAUCGAGUCGUCGUGUUUGUUCUCGAUGCCAUGAGGAAGGACAUUAUCAAUCUACGUGCACUAUAGUCAUGCAACUUACAGUGCAGGAAGAAGUCAGCAACAAUGAGUCAUGUGUUAGUGUUUCUAUCAGAUGCUUGCAAGUGCCAAGUGGGCCAUUUUACUAUGUAUUUUUGAUUUCCGAAGACACUUAUGGCACUAUUAGUGCCAUAAGUGCCAAGAGAGCCAUUUGA